GCCAAUAUAGGUGGGAGGGAGGGAAGGAGGGCCAGCCAGAGCGGAUCGCCUCGCCAGUCGACGCAGCCCAAGCAAGCGGGUCCUGCUCGGCCAUGGACAGCCACGGGCUCCCUCUGCUGCUCCUCCUCCUGCUUGGCGCCUUCCAGAGCCCCGACGGGAAACCCAUCAGCCUGACUUACCGCUGCCCUUGCAGAUACUUUGAGAGCCAAGUCUCCAAGUCUCACAUCAAGCACCUCAAGAUCCUGACUGUCCCUGGCUGUUCCCUCCAGGUCAUCGCAAGACUGAAAAGUAGCAGUAAACAGAUCUGCAUUGAUCCCAAGUUAAAGUGGAUUCAGGAGUAUCUGGAGAGAUAUCUUCACAAGAGGGUCAAGAUGUAAGAGAGGAGCACUGCAGGACGCUUUUCAGUAGAAGCCAGAGAUAUCCCACUAUUAGGGAACGAUUUUAUAUGCAGCACAAUGUCUAAUUCACUUCCUGAGUUUCUUAUUUGCACAGAAUGCCUUGUCUUUGCCAACAUGGUUCAAUGUAGCAGGAACUGAUACUGCUUGAUUUUUUGUAAUCACUAAUUCCAGUAGCAGCAAGUGGUGUGAAGCAGAGUAUUAAUCCCCUUCUGCUGUGCAGAAUCUGGGCGCUGACACCUUGAUGCAUUUGCAUGGGGAGGAACUAGGGAGGGAGGGGGGAAUACUUUGGGGAGAGUUAUUGAAAGGAUGAAGCGUAGUGGCCAAGUCUGUCUUAUGUCAAUGGCUGUUUUUUGCAUAUGCAAGAAUUAUAACUGAUCUUUAUGUAGCAGGGAAGGUGUUCGGAUAACACUACCCCCCUUGUGAGUGAAGACUGAAAACGUAUCAUUACUAGAGUGAGACAGAGUCAGCAUUCCUAAUAUUCUCAUUCAUAAUCAGAGAUUGAGUACGUAUAGAAUAUUUUGAUUUCUUCUCAGGGAACCUGAUCCAGGCCAUUAAUAACCAAAAUUUAUUAACUGCAAACUUACAGAUUUCAAUUGUGGCAAGUUCUAAACCUUUCAACAGACACUGUGGACUAUAAAUGUUUUUACAGUUGAACUGUGGACUUUGUUCCUGGUCAAAAUAGCAGAGCAUUUUUUUAGUUGUGGUAAAAAGUAGUUUUUGCAAGUCAGCCUUCAUUACAUUAAACGUAGAGCAAGAUGUCUGCAUAGCCACUUUCCUUUUACUUAAAAAGAAAUAUAGUGCCUCCCAACACAAAUCUGUACCACAGUGGACAAAGAGGUAAUUUUAAUCCUUUCUCCCUCUUUUAAUCACCCAAAUAGCAAUAACAUACUGCUGUCCAGCAUACAAGAAUUAUACUCUCCGGGAGUAGGAAAUCAGGACUCUGAUGGCCUUUAAAUGCAGCUUUGAGUCUAAUUUAAGAACCUCCUGUUCUUAAAUUAAUUGCCUCCUUUUUUACUUGGUCCCUCCUGCCCUUGACCACCAUUCUUGAACAGAAUAGCCUCAAGGGAAACCAGCCAAGAGAGAGAGGGAAAAAAAUGCCCAGCCCCUGCUUGAAGUGAACAAAAGAAAUAUAUGUUGAACCCCAAUUUACAUGCAGUAUUUAUGUCAGGGAGCAAAGGAAGAAAUGCACAAUACAAUGUCACAAUGUAAACCUCAUGAUUUAUGUACUUGCACAUCUGUCAUUGGGGCAUAAGGACAAGGAGCUGGGGUUUCUGUUGUGAUGUCAAGACAUUUUGUUAUUUUUUUGACUCCAUGGUUUGUACCAGAUGGAGCCUAACAUUAAUGAGAAUGAAUUAAUUAGAAUUUGAAUUUGAACUCACGAAGAAGGACAGUAACAUUUAUAGAAGCAAAAUGUAGAAGGGUGAUUGAUUCUCCUAUGGGG